AUGGUCAAGCGAAGAGUCGAGCUUGAUGAUGCGGGUGAUGCGCUGAAAGAGAAGGAUUCGGUGAAGAAACGGAAAGUUGAUGAACCGCUGGUGGAGACAAAGAAAAAGAAAAAGAGGCGAAAUAAGAAGAAUCAGGACAAAAGCAAAGUCCUUACCAACGGCUCUGCACCAAAAGUCUCGCCGAAGAAAGAGAAGAAAAUCGACCCAUGGGUGACGAUUGAAGCGGGAACGGCAAAAGCUGCUGCCACUUUGCGAGUGAACGGAAAGGGUGAAGACGUGAAGGGAAUCAACGGAAGCUCAGAAGAAAAGAAACAACGAGAGCAGAAAAAAAAGAAGCGUCGUGGAUGUGAUGGAAGCGAGGGAAAUGUGGAUCGGCCCGUGCAAAGCUUUGAGCGAAAGCCGAAGAAUACCGAGGAUGACGAUGACAUUUUGGUUCUGAAUGCUAGCAACACAAAGAGAUCUCGCGAGGUCAUCAUUGAAGAGGUUGUCGACUCACAGACGGAUGGUGUCUCGAUCAAGAAACUGUCGCGCAAGAAAAGCUACACAAUGGAAGAAGGCGUUGACUAUAUUGUCGAAGAACCUGAUGACAAUAUUGAAGGAGGAAAAACACCGGAUUCGCCGAAGACCAAUGGUGAUUUGUAUGUAUCUGAUGAGGACUCGGACUACAUUGAAAGCGAAGAUAAUGAGGAAGACGAGGAGGAGAGUGAUGAGGAAGAGGCCGAGAUUGACCGAUUGCCUUUCUACAAUGGUCACAUCCAAGUCACCGGUGAUGAUGAAGACGAUGAGGACGAGGAGGCUUCGGAUCAAAAUGAAUACCUGGACAACGAGGCCGUGGAAAUGAUUGACUAUCACGAAAGUGAUGAGGAUGAAGAUGAAGAAGAGCCUUCGGGUGAAUCACUUGAUGGAGAAAGUCUGGUAGAUGAGGACAUCGACGAUGAAGAUGAUGUGGACUUUGAAUUGGAAGAAGAGGGAGAAGAACUCGAGGAUGAAAUUGUCGGAGAGGAUUCGGAUGCCGAAAGUGUCAUUUCUGGGGAGAGCCUUGAGGUGGCUUUUGAACACGAUCGGAAAGCUGGACAGAUUGAUACGCGCACAAAUGGCAAGAAAGGGCAAGAGAAAGAGGUGCCGAUCGAUUUCUCCAAAUUGCCUUUCAACACCAGCGACGAUUCGACGGUGGCCGCCACUCGAGCUCUCGGAUGGAUUCUCAGCAACUGCGGGGUGCAGUCGUUCUUUGAUGAGUUCUGGCAACAAAACGCGCUCGUCGUGCACCGACACAACAAGAACUAUUACGGGAAUUUGCUGAAUGUGAAAGAAUUUGGACAAGUAAUCGCAAAGGAACACGUUGAGUACGGAAAGAACAUCAACAUCGCUGAGUAUCGCGAAGGUUUACGGUACACGUUGAAUGGACAGGGACGAGUUUAUCCGCGACACUUGCAGAAUCAUUUGAUCGAAGGUCGAUCCAUUCAACUGGUGAACCCGCAGCGCUUCUUUCCGCGUAUUUGGUACCUCUGCGAGAUUCUUCAAGAGCUUUUUGGAUGUUUUGUUGGAGCGAACACAUAUUUGACCCCGGCCGGCUCAUCCGGAUUUGCGCCACAUUGGGAUGAGAUCGACGCUUUCUUGUUGCAAUUGGAGGGACGGAAAUAUUGGAAAGUUUAUGCGCCGGACAGCGUCGAGAAUGAGUUGCCAAGGGAAAGCUCGGGAAACUUCACUGACAAGGACUUUGUCGGCCGCCAACCGUGCUUUGAGGGCUGGAUUGAGCAGGGCGACAUGCUGUACCUUCCACGCGGUUUCAUUCAUCAGGCUUCAACUUGCAAGCAAACGCAUUCGUUUCAUGUGACGAUCUCCGUCGGUCGCCACCAUUCUUUCGCGGACAUGCUGGAGAAACUGAUGCCUAUUGCGUUAACACAAUUGGGAGAUAAAAGGGUGAAACUUCGUCAAGGACUUCCGCCUGGCUAUUUGGAUAUGACCGGUAUUGCCGAAUUGGACUACAAAAAUGAGGAACAUGAGGAUGAAAAACUAACAAUUCCGAUGGCCGGUCACAUGUCGGCUCUUAAUCGAAGCGUUCGUCAAGCAGUACCCUUUGCCGUCGAUUUCAUGGCCAGGGAAUUCAUGAAGACUGCACUUCCGCCAAUGCUCACUCCUGAUGAAAGGCGCCUAUCGGCUUUCGGUGAUGUGGACAUUUUAAAGGGAAAACGCGUGAUUUUCUCCGAUCAAUCCGAGGUUCGACUCAUUCGGCGACAUGCACAACGAAUGAUUUUCGAGUCGCCGGAAUCAUGCUUCAUCGUGCAUCGAAUGACGAACUCACUUGAUUACGAGGAACGCCCGGAGCAGCUUUUCGCUUUUCCGUUCAAGUUGAUCGACGAUUUUUGCCAACUCCAGAGCGCCUACCCGGAAUGGACGAAACUUGGCGAGAUCAGGACAUCGAAGGAAAACAAGAAAGGAAACAAGACGGUCAACAAAAAUGUGCUCGAAUUAGCUCGCCUUCUCUACGAUAAUGGACUUCUGAUGGUUAAAGAA